AUGUCAGGCCGCCGCCGUCCGCAGCAGCAGCCGCCGCCGCGGCCGCGGCCGCAGCCGCUGGACUUUGACCCUCCAGGGCGCGUGCUGUUCCGCGUCACGUUCAACGUGGCCGGCGCCACGGCCACCGGUUUCAACCAUUUCAUCGAGCAAGUGCAGCGGCGGAUCUUCGACCUGAUCGAGCGGCCGCGGUACUACGGCCGGGGUACCAUGGUGCUCCCCUGCCCGCAGGCCCAGCAGCCGACGUGGUUCGUCAUCGUCCUGGAGAGCCGGGACCGGGAGAUGAGGUACAGCGUCCCGUUCUUCAUCGAGGCCGAGAGCAUCUACCUCCACGGCUACCAGAACCAGGCAGGCUACCUCUUCGAGUUCGACGUGGACCCGACCCAAGACAACCAGCCGGCGUCGGGGAGCUACCUGGGGCGCAACGCGUCCACACCCCUGCCUUUCAGCUGCAACUACGGGCCCCUGGUGCGAGCCACCAAGCGCAAGGGGCCGAACAAGACCGUCCUGGAUCCCGGCCUGACGCUUCUGGAAGAUGAACCGGGGACGCCGAUGCCAGAUUUUGGCCGGCACCGGCUCAUGGACGCCGUCAUGGAGCUGGCGCAGGGCGACAACUCCGGCAGCCUGCACCGGACGGCGCAGAACCUGCUGCUCGUCGUCAUCAGGUUCUGCGAGUCCAUCCGGUUCCGCAGCGUCCAGCGCGAGAUGGCGAGCCUCUGGGAGCCCACGACCAGUGCCGCCGCCAGCCUGAGCAGCUGCGGGGUGGGGCAGAUCAAGAACUGGAACUCCAUCGCAACGAACCUGCAGGACUCGGCUCGCCAUCCCGUCGCCUGGCCGGCGGAGCUUGUCAAGGCGGGCGUCCGCAGCGCGGCGGAAGCGCAGGAGAUACUCGUCGUCAUAAAGUUCAUCGGCUACCCAAACGAGCCCGGCAACCCGACACCGGAGUGGGGGAACCCUCCACCGGACAACCCCUACCGCCGUCACGGCGGUGGCCCCGGCCCGGGACCAGGAGGGGCGGCGGGCGGUGUCCUCGCCGCCGAGGUGCCCCGGUGGUUCCUGGUGCCGGAGGAGCCUGUCAUGCAGAUCCUGGGCGUCGACAUUCCCCGGCAGCGUGGAGCCGGCAGGCUCGAAGGCGUCUACGGCAGCAUCACCGUGACGGAUGGCUUUGGUACUCAGACGAUCUACCGCCGCAACUGGGACUACUACCAACGCAACUCCGGCGACUCCGAGAUGAGCUUGGAGCUCGAGGCCCUGAACCGCGCCAUCUCCGCCUACGACAGCGUGGACGUCGACGUCGACCUCAGCAGCGCCUCACCGGCGGCGCCGCUGACCACGGGGAACUUCUCGUGGAGCGUGUACAACUGCCGGGCCAACAGGUACGACCACGUCCUGCGCCGGACCAUCGGCCGGGCGGUCCUGGAGUACAUCGUCUACAGCAAGGCCGUGCAGGUGGCGGUGAGCGUCACGGUGGACGGAGGCGACGACGUUGCCCACGCGUGGUUCACCACCAUGAACACCAUGGUCGGGGUCCUCCAGCCCGGCCCGCGGCGCUACAUGACCCGCGCUGGCGGCGGCCGCCUGCUGCGCGGCGACUACGUCGUGGCGGCGCCGCUCUCCGCCCGGCUCGAGGUGGUCGUGACGGUGGAGCAUAAAGGGUCCCGGCAGCUGGUGGGGAGAACCUUCGAGCUGCAACCUACAGGGGAUGGAGGAAGAUCCACGCGGACCGAGACAGUGCGGCAGGGGACCUCCGUGAAGGUGGACUUUGCCUGGAACCUUCUUCGGAUGGGGUUGCCCAGUCCCACAAGUUCGGCUGGCCGAAACAGUCAUGAUGAGCUGAGAAGAAGAUGAAUCGUCCAGCCCCAGUGUGCAUGUGGUGCUCUGUUUCACUAUAUCUAUAUUGUGAAUUUGGUUUAUGCCUUCCGAGAUACUUAUUAUUUCCUGUAAUACUUUCUCCCUUUCAAGCUAUAGAUCGUUUUGAUAAAUUUAGAUAUCUAAUUUUUACUACGGAUCUAGAUAUAUACCUAUAUCUAGAUAUAUAGUAAAAAUUAUAUAUGUAGAUUUGCCAAAACGAACUAUAAUUUGGAACGGAGGGAGCAUCUAUUUGUUCUCUAUGUAAGAUGUCUAUCUUUAUUACCAAAGUUAUCUAUUUAUUUUGGACUAUG